UAGAACUUUCUAGAAAACAACGCUAUCGCUAUAUUUGUUGAAUCUAUUUUUUGCUAUUUGUAAUCUUCAAAAUAGUUAACCGUUAUAAAUAAAAUUAUUAUUAAUAAAAACUGUUAUCAAAUAUAAUAUAUAUAAUCAAAUGAAUAAUUUUAAUAAAAAAUUAUAAAUAAAAUUAUAAUAAAAUAAAAUUAUAAAUAAUAAAAUAUUAAUUUACAAAUUAUUUUAUAAUUUAAGAUUUAACAUGUAUACAAAAUAUACUUAUUUUCCAAUUUAUUUUGUUAUUUUAUAUAUAAAAUUAUAAUUCGUAUAUUCAUAUAUAAAAUCGUUUUUUAAAUAUUUGAAAAAAAUUUGUUAUAAAUAUUAUUUUAGAAAACAUUAAAUUCAGAUAUUUAAAAAAAAAAUAUGAUUUUAUUUUUAAAAAAUAUAAUCUUCAAUAUUUUAAUUUUUAUCAUAAAACUAAUUUAUGAAAUACUAUCAUUAAUCGAUAAAUUGAUGAGGAUUUUUGAUUUUUAAAAAUAUUUUGUAUAAUAAUAAAAUAUUUAAAAUAAAAAAAAAUUUUCAUAUUUCAAUUACAAAAUAAUUAGAGUUUGUAUUAUUUUAAAUUUUCUAAUAUUACAAUUUUAUUCUGAAUUAAAUCAAUAUUAUUAUUGAGAAUGAUACUAAAAUAAUAAAAAAAUCAUAAUCUUAAAUCUUCUAUGUUUUUGAGGUUAUUUUUGAGAAACAAAAAAAAUUCAUUGGAUAUUAAUAACAUUGUUUAAAUAAGGUUUACUCUAAUAACGUUUAGUUAAAUUUAUUUAAAAUCUGUUCGUUUAAAUUUAUAUAAUGCAUUUUCAUUUUUCUCUCAUCAUUUAGAGUUUUGAAUCUUAAGCUUCUUUCACAUGGCAAUGUAAAUAUCAAUAUUAUAUGAUAAUGCAAUAUGAUAUGAAUACUGAUCGUAUAAAAAUUCAAUGAGAUGAUUGCUAACUAAACGGUCCUAUUGAAUUUAUAAUUAAAUACAUAUUAUCAAUAUCCAUAAAUGAAUAUAUUUAUAUUGUUAUGUGAAAGAAGUUUAAUUGUAGACUUAAUGGAACAAUAUUGUAGUUUUUUUAUAAUAGUAUAAGAGAAAGGCUAUUGGAUGACAGAGCAAGUCGAUGUAAUCAAAGCAUACAGUGUAUGUAAUAUUAUUUUCAAUAACGGGUAUUAUCUUAUAUUUAUUGAUAAUAUCUAAAUUCGUGCAUACAAGAGUUUCAGCUGCAUGUAAAAGAAACGGAUACAAACAGCUAAAAGCUAACCUUCAUUGUGUAAAAGGAAUUAAUUUACCAUGCAGCAAUAUAACGUAACUUUUAAAUAUUAAUAACGUACGUACGAUAACCUCCAAAUUGAUAAUACGAUGGCUACAGGAAAACGAAGAGGCAUGCAUUCAUCGUCCGGUAGCUCCGCGAUGUUCGGAUCAUCGGCUAAUAAUUUAAGGUCGAGUCGUCUAAAUUUUCGUCCAAAUUCAAGUCAAGAAGACAGAGGCGGAACUCGACCAACAGCCGCUCCAAGUUCCAUAGGUCUCAUACUUGUAACGAUGUUUUUACAUGUUUGUAAAAAAUCUCUACUCUUUGAUACAAGACUCAAAGUUACUAUAUAUUGUGGUGCGAUAUUUAUAGUAUCACUAAUAGCAGAUUUUAUCGCUAUGCCAAGAACUUAUUUUUCACGUUCAGAUAACGCUCUUAAUCAAUAUUUUGUGAAAUGGGGAUGGGGAUGGUUAUUGAGUGUAACUGUUCCAUGGGUUGCAUUAACUGCACAUACAAUUGGCUGUGGUCGUAGAUCAAUUCUAUUAAAACAUCUUGCUAGAUUGGGAUUAGCUACAAUUGCGUGGAUAUUAUGGAUAAAAUUAUUUAAUUAUAUUGAAACCAAUUAUGGUCGAUGUCUUAGUACAAAAGAUAUACAAUUACAGACAAAAGCGAAAUGUCUUCAAUCUGGUAAAUUUUGGAGUGGUUUUGAUAUAUCUGGACAUACAUUUAUUCUUAUGUACUCAAGCUUAAUUCUAGCAGAAGAAGGUUCUUCAUUAGUUGGAUGGGAGGGUAUAAAGGAUUUAAUUAUGCGCGAAGAACAUUCGCGAAUUACCCCAAAUGAACCUAAUACUGGACCGCUUCGAAAUCUUUCGAAUUCUGAUUUGGAAUUUUUAAAAAAAGCACAUAAAGCACUUACGCCCUAUUUAAGAGGUCUUUUUGUUGCAAUGACAUUGCAACAAUUACUUUGGGAUACUAUGUUAAUAUCUACAAUGCUCUAUUAUCAUAUUAUGAUAGAAAAAUUUCUUGGAGGUGUAGCCGCCGUUUUAACAUGGUACAUUACGUAUCAAUGGUGGUAUAAAUCUUCAAAAAGCACAUUGCCUGCACCUGGCGAUGGUUUAUUCAAAUAUAAUGAGGUAAAAACCCAUGACAAUAAUUUAAUCAGAUCAAGACGUAGUACAUUAAAUGGUACUAAUAGAUUUAUGGGACUUCCUAUUCGUACGAGUCAGGAAAAUAUCGAUAGCGGUAUUAAUAGGCAAUCAGAUUCCGAAAUAACUGUUCUAAGAACAUAACAAAAAUUCUAGUUUUCACAUUUGAUAAUAGGAUUGAUCAAUAAUUCUAAUACUUAUGUAAUUUUUUUACAUGUAUAUAUAUUAAAUAUAAAAAUGUAAUAUCCUGAGAUAAUUAUAUUUAUUUAAAAUUAUUUAAAUAAUUUAAAUUAAUUAAAUUUAAAUUAUUUAAAAUAAUUCUAUAAUUAUUUUUUUAAUUGCAGCAGUUUAAAAAUCAAUAAAAAUGAAAUGCAGUGCUAAUAAAAUAAUAUUUUAUAUAUCAUAUAUGCAGCAUUUUAAUAAAUACUUUGAACUUUAGAUAAAUUGUAUUUGUUAUUAAAUAAUUUUAUUGAAUGAAAGUUAUAUUUUUUUUCUCUUAAUUGAAAUCUAAAUAAGUAUAUAUUAUUUAUUGUAUAAUUUAUUGUUAAUUUAUAUAUAAAAUAUCAAACAAAAUAAUUGUUCUAUCUCUUUAUGGACUGUUUAAUUAAUUAGUAUGUAAUGUGUAUAUAAUUAUUAUUAUGCACAUUUUGUAAUCUUGUUUUGUAAUUUAUAACUUAAUAAAUUAUUGUUAACAAAA